UGGGCGCGCUUCAUCCCCGGCCGCGUGGAGUUCUUUUCCAGCCAGCAGCCCCCCAACGCCGGACUCGGCCUGCCCCCGCCACCCCUGCCUGUCAUCGAGCUGCCUGGGGUGGACGACUCCUAUCCUCCCCAGAAAAAGUCCUUCAUGAUGAUCAAGUACAUGCACGACCACUACCUGGACAAGUACGAGUGGUUCAUGCGCGCCGACGACGACGUCUACAUCAAAGGUGACAAGUUAGAAGAGUUUCUUAGAUCACUGAAUAGCAGCAAGCCCCUCUACCUGGGCCAGACUGGCCUGGGGAAUAUUGAAGAACUCGGCAAGCUGGGCCUGGAGCCUGGGGAGAACUUCUGUAUGGGAGGACCUGGCAUGAUCUUCAGCCGAGAAGUCCUCAGGAGGAUGGUGCCACACAUUGGUGAGUGCCUCAGAGAAAUGUACACGACUCACGAAGAUGUGGAAGUAGGAAGAUGUGUUCGACGGUUUGGUGGGACUCAGUGUGUCUGGUCUUAUGAGAUGCAGCAACUGUUCCAUGAAAAUUAUGAGCACAAUCGAAAGGGUUAUAUUCAAGACCUUCACAAUAGCAAAAUCCACGCAGCCAUCACACUUCAUCCCAACAAAAGGCCCGCCUACCAAUACAGGCUUCAUAAUUACAUGCUGAGCCGCAAAAUUUCCGAACUUCGCUACCGCACGAUCCAGCUCCACCGCGAGAGGGCGCUGAUGAGCAAGCUCAGCGACAGUGAAGUGAGCAAAGAGGAUCAGCAGCUGGGGGUGAUGCCUUCCUUCAACCACUUCCAGCCUCGGGAGAGGGAUGAGGUGAUAGAAUGGGAGUUCCUGACAGGAAAGCUCCUUUACUCAGCGUCGGAGAACCAGCCUCCUCGACAGAGCAUCAGCAGCAUCCUCAGAACAGCACUGGAUGACACCGUCCUACAGGUGAUGGAGAUGAUCAAUGAGAAUGCCAAGAGUAGGGGUCGCGUCAUUGACUUCAAGGAAAUCCAGUAUGGCUACCGCAGGGUUGAUCCUAUGCAUGGCGUGGAGUACAUUUUGGAUUUACUCCUCUUAUACAAAAGACACAAGGGGAGAAAACUGACCGUGCCAGUGAGACGCCACGCCUACCUUCAGCAGCUGUUCAGCAAGCCUUUCUUCAGGGAAACUGAAGAGCUAGAUGUCACCAGUCUUGUGGAGAGUAUUAACCGCGACACUCAGUCAUUUUCCUUCAUUUCUAACUCUUUAAAGAUAUUAUCCUCUUUUCAAGGUGUCAAAGAAGUGGGAGGCCACAAUGAAAAGAAAAUACACAUUCUUGUCCCUCUCGUUGGAAGGUACGACAUUUUCUUGAGGUUCAUGGAGAGCUUUGAAAGUACUUGUCUGAUCCCAAAGCGGAACGUAAAGCUGGUCAUCAUCCUUUUCAGUGGGGAUUCCGGCCCAGAUUCCAGCAAGCAUAUUGAGCUGAUAAAAGACUAUCAGAACAAGUACCCGAGAGCAGAAAUGACCCUGAUCCCCAUGAAGGGAGAGUUUUCCAGAGGCCUGGGUCUUGAAAUGGCUUCUUCCCAGUUUGACAAUGAUACUUUGCUGCUAUUCUGUGAUGUUGACUUGAUCUUCAGAGGAGACUUUCUCCAACGAUGUAGAGACAAUACAAUUCAGGGACAACAGGUAUACUACCCCAUCAUCUUUAGCCAGUAUGAUCCAAAGGUAACCCAUGGGGGAAAGCCUCCCAGUGAUGAUGACUUUGUCUUCUCAAAGAAGACUGGAUUUUGGAGAGACUAUGGAUAUGGAAUCACCUGUAUUUAUAAAAGUGAUCUUCUGGGUGCAGGUGGAUUUGAUACCUCAAUACAGGGCUGGGGACUGGAAGAUGUAGAUCUCUACAAUAAAGUUAUUCUCUCUGGCUUAAGGCCCUUCAGAAGUCAAGAAGUAGGAGUGGUGCAUAUUUUCCACCCAGUUCAUUGUGACCCUAACUUGGACCCGAAGCAGUAUAAGAUGUGCUUAGGAUCCAAGGCAAGCACUUUUGCCUCAACCAUGCAACUGGCUGAACUCUGGUUGGAAAAACAUUUGGGUGUCAGGUACAAUCGAACUCUCUCCUGACAGUCCAGGCAACACAUAUUGCCUUUUUUAAAGGGGAGUUUACCUCAUUGUUGGUGGUGUUAUUUUUAUUUUUAUGAUUGUUAUUUUUAUUAUUAUAAUUAUUAUUGUCAUAAUUUUAUUUUGUUGUCCUGGUCUUAAACAACUCUUGGUUGUCUUCCAAAGGGUGUUUGUUGACCUCAAGCAAGAAGAGUCUGCAAUUCACUGAUUUUUCAGAUUUCUACUGAAGUCAAUACGUAUUACUUUUAUAUAUCUUUAUCUGGGAUUGAGUUAAAUUGUGGCAAUCAAAUGACUUUUGAAGUUCAUUCAUCAUGAGAGACAGCUUAGAAGAAUGUUCACUUGGGGCUUACAGAUGCAAUAUCAACUUUUAUUUUGUGUGUCAAAUUCAAUGUGAUACAAAUAUUUACUGGUGAAAGGUACCACAAAAGUGCUUUAUGCUUCCUAUGGGGAAGGGACUCUGUAACAUAAACUUGAGUUUUGUAAUUUAUACAAGGACUUAAAUAUAUAUAUACAAUAAUUUUCUUCAUCUUUAGAAUUUUUAAAGUAAAUGAACACUUAUGAUUGUAUGUUUAUUUUUUAAAAAGAAGUUUUAAAAAUUGAGGAGUUUUGUUCCACAAGCAACCGGUACUGGCUACCCUGGUCUUAAGAAAAUUAUAUACUCCUCUCAACUGUCUGCUAUAAAUGCGAAUGAACUUUAUUUUCUCAAGGAAAUAUGAUUUAAUUAAAUAUUCAUGUACAUUUUAGAAGCUUUAUGAAACAAUGUCUUUCAUUUGCUGGCAAGAAGAUAAAAAUGACAGAACCUGGUUAUUUAUAAUAAAACACAGGUAUAACAGUAUUCUUUUUCAAAAACA